AUGCGGCUUCUUGAUGAAAUGCCUUGCAAAGGCUUGGUGCCUGAUCAUUUCACUUACAGUUCUCUUAUACGUGGCUUGUGUAAAGCAAAGAGCGCUUGGGCUGCACAUAAGUUUUUCAAGGACUUGUGUGCCAGUGGCUAUUCUCCCGAUGUGGUGGCGUACUCGGUUUUGAUAGAUGGCUUUUGUAAGCAUAGUUGUCUUGAUAUGGCGUUGGAUCUUUUUCACGAAAUGCAACAGUUGAAGCCUAAUCUUAUUGUCCAUAGUACCCUAAUUGAUGGUAUGUUCAAAGCUGGAAAGGUUAAAGAUGCAAAGGAAUUGUUUUCUAGACUUUCCAUAGAAGGGUUGCAUCCUGAUGUUUGCACAUACAAUACAAUGGUCAAUAGACUUAGUAAAAAAGGAUUACUAGAUGAAGUAUUGAAGGUGUUUAGAAAAAUGGAAGGGAAUAGUUGCUCUUAUAAAGUGAUUAUCCAAGGACAUCUCCGAAUCAAAGAUUUGUCCAUGUCAAAACAACUUAUUAAUGAAAUGGUUGGCAAAGGGUUUUUUGCAGAUGCCACUACUGUGGAGUUGGUAGUAAAUGAUGAUCUGCUUGUGAAAAAGCUACUGAGCUGCUCUAAAAGUUCUCAAGCUACUGAGCUGUUUUAUAUUGAUGAAUUUGUUAAAUUCGGAAGAAUGUUCUCACAACACAAUUGCUUAUCGGCAGUAUAUCUAACUUACAAUAUUUGA